CUUUUCGGUCAAGUCAACCGAACUUCGCGCCAGCUUCCAUACGGGCCGUCUUCCUCUCACAGAAGACGUCGAGGCGGCUCAGCCAUUGUCGGUUGACCUCCGGACCCCAAGAAUUAUGGUGUCUAUUCUUCUUCCAUCUAUUUGAUUGUUCUGGCCUGACCGUACAUUGGAGAUUAUAUAGCCUGAAGUGAUGAGUUCAUCUGAAUCACAUACAACACUAACAUUCUAGACAUCAUGGGUUGAGGAUCUGCAUAUAUCAGGAGACACACCGACGUACAGUUUCUGUCUGGACACUUUUCGCCGACGGUCGAUGUCAAGAUAUUUGGCCGGAGAGUAUUCAGGUCACCGCUUCUCUAAUUGGAUUUUGUGUGUAUUGCUACGAGCAUUUCAUAUUUGGGGUUCUUCUGUCAUGCAGACCGUCAAUUCAUCGUCGGGUGGUAGCUCAACCGCCAUCAUCGAGCUUCCAGCGAGUCCUCAUGUUCGAAUGGAUGUGCAGAGAGCAACGGCCAUCCCCGAACAUCCGCCAACUUCACCUCAACCGCCUCUAGAGGCUUCCGAACCUCAAUUGCAGAAGUGGAAUUCACCUCGGAUCAACAUCUGGCGCUGCGCUGGGACCUUCUGGUCAUUCGUCAUCUUGGGAGCCAACGAUGCUGCCAUUGGUGCUCUGAUCCCUUACCUUGAGGAGUGGUAUAACGUCAAUUAUACCGUCAUCUCUUUGGUCUUUCUCAGUCCCAUAAUAGGCUAUACAUUGUCUGCACUGUUGAAUAACCACAUACACGUUGUUUAUGGACAGCGAGGUGUGGCGUGCAUUAUGAGCUUGUCACAUCUGCUCGGAUAUGUCGCUGUGUGUCUCCAUCCUCCUUUUCCCGUGCUAGUGGUGGUUUAUAUCCUCGUUGGGUUUGGAAACGGUCUGGGAGACAGUGGCUGGAACGCCUGGAUAGGCGACAUGGCCGACGCUAACGAGGUUCUGGGCUUCCUCCAUGGCUUCUAUGGUGUCGGCGCAGCCUUGUCUCCGCUCAUCGCCACGACUGUAGUCACGCAAGCCGGCUGGAAAUGGUAUGAAUUCUACUACAUACUGGUUGGUGGCGCAGCUAUUGAAGUCAUGGUACUUGUUGGCACGUUUUGGAAAGCGGACGCGCGAGCCUUCCGUGCCCAACGCUUGACGACGGCCGAUGCUGAGAUUUCCAACGAGUCCGAACCUGCUCCACGUGAGACUCAAGAACAAUCCACCUUGAAGAAGCUCAAUCCAUUUGGCAAGAGAGAAAAGGGCAAGAGCAAGACGAUUGAAGCGGUUAAGAACAGAGUCACAAUACUUGCAUCCUUGUUCUUGCUCGCGUACGUUGGCGUCGAAGUGAGCAUAGGAGGCUGGAUCGUCACCUUCAUGCUACGAGUUAGAAAAGGCUCGCCGUUUGCGUCUGGCAUGACAUCGACAGGAUUCUGGCUGGGCAUCACCGUCGGGCGAUUUGUUCUCGGUUUCGUUACCGGUCGAUUGUUUCCGAGCGAGAGGUGGGCUGUGACCACAUACCUCGCCUGCAGCGUGGGCUUACAACUCUUAUUUUGGCUCAUUCCGAACUUCUAUGUCAGUUCCGUCAUGAUAGGGUUUCUUGGUUUCUUCUUAGGACCGAUGUUCCCAGCCGCUGUUGUGGCACUUACCAAGCUGCUUCCUAAGAAGCUGCACGUGGCCGCUGUGGGGUUCGCAUGUGCAUUUGGCGCAAGCGGUGCCACGGUGUUCCCGUUUGCUGUGGGAGCUAUAGCCAGUGCAGCUGGUGUGAAGGUGCUUCAACCCAUUGUGUUGGCAGCUCUAGUACUGUGCGCGGUGGUAUGGCUGUUGAUCCCGAGGCUACCAAAGCAGAGAAUGGCUUGAACAUUUCGAGUGUCGUGGCUGUUCCUGUUGUUGGCAGAAGUACGUUGCAAGCAUCCGAAUCACUGCGAUGGCCGAACAGACUGCUGCGAAUGGUCAACAUGGAGAAAGGGAUGAGCCAAUUCGGAUUAAUGAAGCAUUGACAUCGUUGACUGACUUGGCAUCCGCAACCAAUCAGUCUGAUGCCAUACUAUUAAUAGUGAUGGGGCAAAAAGCCGUUUCAACCCGCCCGCCCAGGCUGAGAGUGAGAGUUGAUCAUCAACUAGCGUGCACGGGGUUGAUGCGAGUCAUCAGCAGGGUGCGCCACAGCCAUAUUCCAAGUUCCAGC